UUGCUCAAAGAAAGAAGCAAGGGGCCAAAAAUGCCUCCAGACUUUCAUUACCGUUCUUUUGCAAGUCCUCAGGUUAAGCUUUCACCUCCAGAUUCACCUGAAUCAUUCAUCAUUCUACCAAUUGGCCGCACACAUUGUAGAGGAAAUAAAACAAUGAAAGUUCCUGGAAGAAAGAUAUUACCUUUGCUUGUCUUCAUUUUAUCAACCAUAUCCAUCUUUAGACUUGUUAGACUUGCAACCACUACAUCAUCUUCUACACCUCCAUUGCCUCCAUUCGCUCCAACUCUGCAACACAGUAGCCUAACAAGUCAACAUAAAAUAUCUGACAAUUCAACCAUUCUCACAAAAAAGGAAUUUAAGCUUCUAUCUAAUCUCAUCAAACGCAAAACACCCUGCAACCUGCUUAUUUUUGGAUUGGAGCCAGAGUACCUGAAACUUUCCUUAAUCAACUCAGGUGGCAUCACUUUGGUUCUGGAGAAUGAUCCUGACAAGAUAAGCUCAAUCAGAUCAAAAAACAAUCACACUCGAAUCUACAAGUUUGAUUACAAUGUACCUGCAAAGAAAGCUUACAAAUUGCUCAAACAUGCAAGGAAAAGUCCAGCUUGUGCACCCAGUUCAGGAAAGCUGCAAAAUUCAACAUGCAAACUUGCAUUAAGAAAUUUGCCAGAAGAAGUAUAUAAGAAGAAAUGGGAUGUAGUGGUGGUUGAUGGACCAAGUGGACAUUCAACAGAUGCUCCAGGCAGGAUGGCUGCAAUCUACACAGCUAGUAUGAUAGCAAGAACAGCAGGAAAAAACACAACAGAUGUGGUGGUACAUGACGUCGAUCGAACAAUUGAGAAGUGGUUUUCAUGGGAGUUCUUAUGUGAUGAGAACUUGGUUUCAUCUAAGGAGAGAAUUGGUGACCAAGUGCAUAGUGAAAUUCGUGCAUCAAAGAUGUUACAAUUUUCUUCAUAUGCCAGCCAGUCAAGGGACAAGAUCCACAAUAUGAAGUCACUACCAUGCAUUAGAUACAAAUUCCAAAAACAAAGACAUGACUUAUGUAAAGAUAAAAUUCAUGUAAAUACAUACAGAGAGUGCUUUCAUUUUUGAACCAUACGCUGCUUCAUAAUUUUUAAUAAUUUGAUUUGGUGCAGGAGCACUGAGAAGCAAACAUUGUUUGAGGGUUGUCAAAUGAAAGAACCAUUGCAAAAACAUGCAAUUUCCUUUAUAA